CCCCGCCGCCGUCGCCGACGAAGAAGUAACAACACGUAUGGCUGUCAUGUGUGCCGACGGUCAGCUGACUAAUCCCGCUCUCUCCCCGUGUGUUUAGUUCGGUGUUUUGACUCGCUAUUGUCGAAUGAAUGCGGCGCUAUGGUUGGCCCAGGAGAGCCAUGGUAGUCGUCAACUCGGUGCUGAAGCUUCUUCAGCGGCAGACGUACACCUGUCUGUCCCACCGUUAUGGACUCUACCUUUGCUUCGGCGGCAUCGUCCUCAUGAUAGUUUCCGCUUUCCAAUUCGGGGAGGUGGUGGUGGAGUGGAGCCGAGACCAGUACCAUGUGCUCUUUGACUCCUACAGAGACAACUUGGGCGGCAAGUCAUUUCAAAGCCGGCUCUGCCUACCCAUGCCCAUCGACGUGGUGUACACGUGGGUGAAUGGCACCGACGUGGCUCUGCUGAGGGAACUUAAAGCCGUGAGAGAGCAACUGGCAGAGGAACAGAGAGUUCUGAGAGAACAUCUGGGGAAAAAUUCAAGUGAGACGACAGAAGAACCGAAAGUCAGGGCCAAAGCAGAAUGCUUGAUGUCCCACUGCAUCAUGGCGCCCAUGCUGGCGUUGGAACCCGCCCUGCCGGCCAACGGCACGCUCCGGGAGUUGCCGGCGCUCUCGCCGGCGCUGGCGGCCGCCAAGGAGCUGCUGCAGCUCCGCGGGCCCGUUCACCCGUCCACCGCCGCCUCCGUGCUGGUCUUCAAUUCCCAGGCAGACGCUGAGAACGCCUACGUAGAAACGUUCAAGGAAGACAAGAAAUUCUCCGUGUCCCGAUGUUACCUAACCACGGAUAAAGAGGCUCCGGGUCUGAUUCGCAUGCAGACGCUGGCCUACCUCAGCGGCUUCCCGCCCACCUUCAAGGAAACGGAGCAGCUGCGAACCAAGCUGCCCUCAUUUGUCACCGACAAGAUAAAACAGUUUGAGCUGUAUUCGGAGGCCAGCAUCGCUCUGCUUCACCUCAAAGGCCCGCAAGACUUCACCGACCUCAUGCAAAAGUCCAAGAAGAACCUGACGCUGGAUGGGAAGGAGCUGACCAUUAGCCCCGCCUAUCUCUUCUGGGACCUGAGUGCCAUCUCGCAGUCCAAGCAGGACGAGGACGUCUCGGCCAGCCGCUUCGAGGACAACGAGGAGCUGCGCUACUCCCUGCGCUCCGUGGAGAAACACGCGCCCUGGGUGCGACACGUCUUUGUGGUCACCAACGGGCAGAUUCCCUCCUGGCUCAACCUGGACAACCCUCGCGUUUCCGUCGUCACGCAUCAGGAGCUGUUCUUGAACCGCAGCCACCUCCCCACCUUCAGCUCGCCCGCCAUCGAGAGUCACAUCCACCGCAUCCCGGGACUCUCGCAGAAGUUCAUUUACCUCAACGACGACGUGAUGUUUGGCAAAGACGUCUGGCCGGACGACUUCUACAGCCAUUCCAAAGGACAGAAGGUGUAUCUCACCUGGCCCGUUCCAAAUUGCGCGGAGGGCUGCCCGGGAUCCUGGAUCAAGGACGGCUAUUGUGACAAGGCGUGCAACAACUCGGCCUGCGACUGGGACGGAGGCGACUGCGCUGGUGCCGCGGGGAGCAGCAGGUUCCCUGUCGGCGGCCCCGGCGAAGUCGGCGGGCAUUUGUGGCAGUUCGCCGGCGGUCAACUCGGCCUGGCCGCAGCCUCGUACUGUAACCAAGGUUGCGCCACCUCCUGGCUGGCGGACAAAUUCUGCGACCAAGCCUGCAACGUGCUCUCCUGCGGCUUCGAUGUGGGCGACUGCGGCACAGAGCAUUUUGGAGAGCUGCACCGCGUCACUCUGCUGAGUAACCAGACUGCGUACGUCCUCCCGGUCGGAGAGAUCCGACCUUAUUUCAGCUUCGACGGACUGGCGCACAGGGUCUCGGAGGCCCACGUGAGCGACAACCCGACGGUGCGUCACACCUCCGUGGCCAACAAAUGGAAGAGCAUCCACCUUCUGCUCCACCCCGGCCACAACGCCAGCACGCUCCAUUACAACGUCACCUUCCAAAGAGAGGACAGCACGGCGUUUACCAAGAUCUUCAGCGUCGCUGUGGACACGCGUCAGAUUCCGCCGCUUAACAGGACACAGAGCAGCAGGGAAAGCUCCAGCCAGAAGCCCUCGGUGAUGACGGAAGCGCCCUUUGUCUUCUCUGACGUACCGGAAGACAAGAGGGCUCCCAAGGUCCAGAAGAAGCAAGCGGAAGAACUGGUGGCCGUCGUAGACGUUCCCGCUCUCAACGAGUCGCUCUUGCCGGCUCCCGUGCGCAGGGAGCUUCAGAAGCUGGAUGAGAAACUCCUCAAAGGAGACAUCACACUGAAAGGUUACAACCUCACCAAGGCUCAGCUGCUAAGCACCCACCAGGAGGAACGUGACGGAGACAAGCUUGACCUUCCUAUUCUGACGGAGAGGCCCAAAGCCUCCAAGCUCCUGAGCCACAUUACCAAAUUAAAGAGCACCGAAUGGCAAGUGCAGCCCCACCACCUUUCUGCGGUGGGGAGGAAGCUCCAACACUUUGUCCCGGCUGACAGAGGCUUCCUCCCAUGGGAGAAGCAGAAGUACUUCCAAGACCUGCUGGAGGAAGAAGAGCGCCUGCAGAGGGCGCUGACGUAUGACACGGACGGCGGCGCCGGCGGACGCAAGUUGCGCGACACCUUUGCCGACUCGCUGCGCCACGUCAACAAGCUGCUCAACCGCCAGUUUGGCUUUGCGUCUCGCAAGGUCCCCGCGCACAUGCCGCAUAUGAUUGAUCGGCUGGUCAUGCAGGAGCUGCAGGACACAUUCCCAGACGACUUUGACAAGACGUCGGCUCACCGUGUGCGCCACCCGGACGACAUGCAGUUUGCCUUCUCCUACUUCUACUUCUUGAUGAGCACCCAGCAACAGCUCAACGUCUCCGAGGUGUUUGACGAGGUGGACACCGACCACUCCGGCGUCUUGUCCGAUCGCGAGAUCCGCACUCUGGCAGCCAGGAUUCACGAGCUCCCCCUCAGCCUGUUGGACCUUACGAGCUUGGAGCAGAUGUUGAUCAACUGCUCCAAGACACUCCCGAAGAACCUGAGCCAGCUCCACCUGGUGAACCCUACCCAGGAGGCCUACUACGACCACAGCAUGCCGCCCGUCACCAAAGGCCUCAUCGUGCACUGCACGCCCAUCACGGAUCGCAUUCGCAAAGCCUUCGUGGACCAGAACAAGUACAAGUUUGAGAUCAAGGGCGAGGAGGACAUCGCCUUCAAGAUGGUCCGCACCAACGUGUCGCACGUGGUGGGCCAGCUGGACGACAUCAGGAAGAAUCCCAGGAAGUUCAUCUGUCUGAACGACAACAUCGACCACACCCACAAGGACGCCGCCACCGUGAAGGCCGUGCUCAGGGACUUCUACGACUCCAUGUUCCCGCUGCCGUCCCAGUUUGAGCUGCCCAGGGAGUACCGCAACCGCUUCCUUCACAUGGACGAGCUCCACGAAUGGCGAGUCUACCGGGACAAGCUGAAGUUCUGGACCCACUGUGUCCUCGUGGCGCUGGUGGCCUUCACCGUCAUGUCCUUCUUCGCCGAACAGCUGGUCCACUUAAAGCGCAAGCUAUUCUCCCGUCGCCCAAUGGCCAAGCACGACAACCCCGAGAGAGUUUGAACCAGGAAGUCCUCUGAUGCGUCUUCGUACUCUGAGGAUCCAUCUGGAUUUUUUUUUCUUUCACUAUUUUGCACUCCUGAGGCUCUCGAUUUCAAUUUUUUUUUUUUUUUUUUUGAGGCCGUGAAAACGACCACAGACUGACGAUUUGACACGGGUUCCCCAAUCGCUGGAUUCUUUUGCGUCAGGAACUGUUGGACAUUUUGCUACUCGGUACGUUUUAAUGAAAUUGUAAAACAAGGAGUCGUCCAUUUCCAAUCAUGUCUUCGACAAUAUGGGACCUACAAGUGCCUUCUUUGUUCCUUUUACAAAUGUUUUGUCAAGAUGUCGUCUACUAUUGUGUGUGUGUGUGUGGGCGUUUAGGACUCAACGGGCCUUUCUUAAAUGUGUGUUUGUCAGUUGCGGCAGCUUCCUUCUCGCGCGUGCGUGUGUCCCCGUGGGACUCGGCAGACUCGCUCUAAUGUCUGAAAUUCAGACACAUCGGCUCUUAACUUAUUUUUGAGAUUGUGACGUUGCCAUGGAGACUGAGCGCUUUAUACUGUAUGUCGCCGCCCUUUACGAGUCGCUUGCUACGGUUCUCCCAACUGAAAUAAAAUGUGUCCCGACAUGUC